AUACUUGACAACCCUUAACCGAGAGCGCGUAAAGGUCACACUAAAUAAGUCGCCGCUUUUUUCUGCAAUUGUUGUUAUAUUUGCUGACUGAAAACCACCAUUAAAUCAUGGCCAAACAUCAUCCGGAUCUGAUUUUCUGCCGCAAGCAGCCCGGCGUGGCCAUUGGACGCCUGUGCGAAAAGGAUGACGGAAAGUGUGUGAUCUGCGACUCCUACGUGCGGCCGUGCACCUUGGUGCGAAUCUGCGACGAGUGCAACUACGGAUCCUACCAGGGCAGGUGCGUCAUCUGCGGCGGACCCGGCGUUUCCGAUGCCUACUACUGCAAGUCCUGCACCAUUCAGGAAAAGGACCGCGACGGAUGCCCCAAAAUCGUGAAUCUGGGUAGCUCCAAGACUGACCUGUUCUACGAACGCAAGAAAUAUGGCUUCAAACAGAACUAUUGAAGUGCUCUCCGCUACCUCAUACAUUUCUAAUAAAUUUUUAUUGUAGUUUAAUACAUAAACAAAAGGUUUUGAUAUAUGAA